AUGAAGUACGCCUGCUCCCUGCUCCUUCUGGCCAUUGUGGGUUGCUUCCUGGUGAGCCUGUCCAGUGCGGCCAGUUCCACAACCACGACGGAGGCGGCCACCACCACUACCACCACCACAGCUUCGUCGGACACCACCACCACUACCGAAUCCUCGGACACCACAACUACAACCACAGCCUCUUCCUCCUCCUCGUCGUCGUCCUCCGGCGCCAAGAAGAAAGUUAUCCACUACAAGCGCAAGAUUCACCGACCCAAGAAGGUCAGGAAAAUCAAACGCAACAGGACUAGGAGGCACCGCAGCGGUUAA